GUCUGCUGGCCGUGUGGCAGGAGGUGAUUGGUGGAGAGGUGGUAACACCUGACAUGGGCUGUGGGGUGGUCUCCUCUGGGUCCUCGCUCUACUUCAGCAAGGCCGGAUUGAGGCAGCUGGUGAGCUAUGACCUGGACACAGAGUGGGCAGAAUUUGUGCAGUUUUACCUGCGUGUGGGCGGAGACUGUGUACAAUGUAACAUUGCAGACAGCAGGGAGGAAGGAGUGCUGCUGCAGUACAGUAAUGACGGAGGAAUCAGCUGGGGACUCAUCGCUGAGAUGUACUUCACCGACUUCACCAAGCCACGGUUUGUCCACUAUGAGUUGCCACAGGCCUCUAAGACCCCGUGUACCCGGUUCAGAUGGUGGCAGCCCCUUCACUCUGGGGACGGCUACGACCAGUGGGCCAUCGAUGAUGUCAUCAUCUUGUCAGAGAGAGAGAAACACAUCAUCCCCAUGGCCAACCCCACUAUGCCACAGAACUUCUAUGAGAAGCCGGCGUUUGACUACCCUCUGAACCAGAUGAGUGUGUGGCUCAUGCUGGGCAAUGAGGGUAUGGAAAAGGAGAGGAACAGCAGCUUCUGUGCUCCCACCCCCUCUGCCAUGGUGUUCGGGCGAUCUGACGGAGACAGGGUGGCAGUGACCAGAGACCUGGUGCUAAGACCAGGGUACACACUGCAGUUUAAGUUGAACAUCGGCUGUGAGUCCCAGUUCAGUGCGUCAGCCCCAGUUCUGCUGCAGUACUCCCAUGAUGCUGGCCGUACCUGGGCGCUGGUGAAGGAGGGCUGUUACCUAGGCUCCUCUGGGGCGGGCGGCUGUGAGGGCAGUGUGCGGGAGCUCAGGGAACCCACUGUCUAUGCCACGGGAGACUACGAAAGCUGGACCAGGGUUACCAUUGUCAUUCCGCGUAACGUGGCCGCCAGGUAG